CGUCCAACCUCAACCACUGCUAUUCUCAAGUAAAUUCGUCAACGAAUUACUCCAUUCUAUUGUUCCAUGACUUGUAACACAGUACCAAUGACCUACAUACCAUCAUGGCUGAUGGUCAUCUUGCAAUGUAGUUCUCAAGAUGACUGACGAGCAGAAACUGGAAGAUCUCCGCAGGAGACUUGAGAGAGAGAACGAAAUUCUCAAUGCUACCCGUAAUAUCCGCAAGAUCCAAGAAAGCGAAGCUGCUAGGGCCUCCUCUGAUAUCACUAUUGAGGAGACACAGCAACGUAUUGAUUAUUUCCAGAAUGAGAUGAAUAAGCUUCUCUCAAAGAUGUUAGAUAAUCCUAUCAUUAGACCAGCAAAUGUUUCCACAACCUCGACCGAUUCAAUGCAGUCAUACCAUUCCUCGGACAGUCAUCAACAAAUGUCUCACAACAACAGACAGGCGUCUAGCCCAAACAUCAAUCCAGUCGCUGCCGACAGUAUGUCCCCGAAUAGGUCAUUAUCGACAGUUGACCUAUUGCGCUCUUCCAGAACUAUCACAACCAACAAAGUUGUGUACAAGAUGCAUGAGUUGGCAUAUAAGCUGGAAGUCGAAAAGAAGUUGAAGCAGGCCUCAGAAAAACUGGAACAGUUGGGCAUGAAUGCCAAGGACGGAAAUGAAGAGAGUGGCGAAAAAGUCGUUCUUCUGAAGCGUGCUCUUCAAAAGUAUCAGGGGCUUUAUAUCCCUCAGCAAGAUAAUGAUGAUGCCACACCGGCACCUGGCACGGCUCCUAGGCGCCCUAUGACGGGAAUUCUCUACGUGCGACUUGCGGGGAUUAAACAUCAAAGCAAUGCUCCGACACGCGAUUCACGUCCUGCAGAAUCUAUGGCUGUAAUCAAAAUUGAUGGUGUUCUAAAGGGUAAAACACGGAUGGCGCGUAAUGGACCAUUAGGUAUCCGUUGGAAUGAGGACUUUGAAAUCCCUAUCCGUAAGGCUAGUGAGAUUGAGAUCACCGUGUACGAUCGUCCUGACCAGUUUUCAGUCCCCAUUGGCAUGUUUUGGCUCAAGAUCUGGGAUCUGGCUGAAGAGCUGCGUAGGAAGAAGGUGGACGCUGACAAUGACGCUGCGCGGAGUGCUCAGGAUGUCCGUGAUUUGGCUGUCAGAAGUCCUGGAGCCCGUCGUGGCUCAACUCUUUCCGGCGAUUCUGCUCCAAAUAAAACUGACGGCAUUGAUGCCUGGUGGGAUCUCGAGCCAACAGGGCAAAUCGGCAUUAAUUUUAACUUUGUUAAGGAUGUGGCCGUCCGCAAGCGCCCAUCCAAACUUGGCCGACAAGGAGCCGUUCGCAAGCGCAAAGUAGAUAUCCAGGAGGUUCAAGGCCACAAAUUUGUUUCUCAAAAGUUUUACCAGCUAAUGUGCUGCGCCCUCUGUAACGAAUUAUUUACAGGAAGAGGGUCGCAAUGUGAAGACUGCAGCUUCACUUGCCAUUCUAAGUGUGCUGAAAAAGUUUUUAUCAAGUGUAUCUCGUCUAAUAUAGCAGAAGACCCAGAUGAAGCCAAAUUAAACCACCGUAUCCCUCACCGUUUUGAGACGUUUACUAACUUGUCCCCCAAUUGGUGUUACCACUGCGGCCAUAUGCUAACUUUUGGACGGAAGCACAAGAUGUGCACGGAAUGCCCGGUAUUUGCGCAUGAUGGGUGUGCCGAUCUUAUCCCUAAUCAUUGUGGCAUGCCCGCCGAAACUGCCAACAAGCUAAUGGAAGAGAUCAGACGCCGCAACCAAAGUGCCAGACACCAGAAGGUGUCUCCAGAUACCAGACCCAGUCCACAACCAUCAGCAUCCUCAGAUUUGAAACAGCACCAUGGUGUUCCCGAAGAUCGCCUUCGACAGCAAAUGGAGCAAAUUCAUCUGCAGCCACAGCAACAGCAGCAGUUGCAAGAAGAAGGAAGUCAACCGCAACGACAGCAGGAACUGGAGCAAGAACAGCAGCGCCAGGCGGAAGAAUUAAAACGUCUGGAAGAACAAAAGCAGCGCCAACAACAGCAAAAAGCCCAUUUGUUGCAACAACAGCAAACAUAUCAGCAGCAAUUACACCAACAGCAGCAACAAGACUUGGACUACACGAACAAGACAGAGCAAGAGCAAGUAGGAGCAGCACAAACAAGUAAUAAUGAUUUAUUCCGAAAGGAACAGCAGCGCUUGGAGCUUCUUCGAUUAGAGCAGGAGCGAACGCAGCAGUAUCAACAGCACCAACAGAAACAGCAACAGCAGCAACAGCGUCCUAUUCCAGUCAUGCCCAAGGCGCAUACUCCUACUUUGAAGAUUGUGAAUAAACAAUCACAGCAACAGCCCACUCGCAAAUAUGGCCUGAGUGAUUUUCACUUCCUCGCUGUUUUGGGCAGAGGCAACUUUGGCAAGGUCAUGUUGGCGGAGGAUAAGAAAGGAGGCGAACUUUUUGCUAUUAAAGCACUCAAGAAAGAUUCUAUUGUGCAACACGAUGAAGUUGAAAGUGCAAAAUCAGAGAAGCGUAUUUUCCAGGUCGCCAAUAAGGAGCGUCAUCCGUUCUUGACGACUUUACAUUCUUGCUUUCAGACAGAAACCCGUCUGUACUUUGUGAUGGAGUAUGUUCGUGGAGGAGAUUUAAUGAUGCACAUUCAACGAGAUCGGAGGUUUGGCGAACGCCGCGCAAAAUUCUAUGGAUGUGAAGUCUUACUGGCUCUUCAAUACUUCCAUCAAAACGAUAUCAUCUAUCGUGAUCUCAAACUGGAUAAUAUUCUCUUGACUCUUGAUGGACAUAUCAAGAUUGGUGACUAUGGUCUUUGCAAGGAGAACAUGCCAUACGGCGCUAAAACAAGAACCAUCUGUGGCACACCAGAGUUUAUGGCUCCUGAAAUUAUUGAGGAGCAACCAUAUGACCGUUCUAUUGAUUGGUGGACUUUUGGUGUUCUCAUGUACGAGAUGCUGCUGGGACGUGCUCCUUUCUCGGGAGAAGAGGAAGAUGAUAUCUAUGAUUCGAUUAUGGAUGACGAACCAUUGUUCCCUCAAGGCUUUGGUCGCAAUGAACAAGCACUCCUUCAAUCGCUUCUCAUGAAAGUGCCUCAUCUUCGUUUGGGCGCUGGACCUGGUGAUGCAGAAGAAAUCAAAGCACAUGCUUAUUUCCGUGAUGUCAACUUUGACGAUGUUUAUCACAAACGUAUUCCAGUGCCAUUCCUUCCUAAGAUCACUUCGGCCAAAGAUAUCUCUAAUUUCGAUCCAGAAUUCACAAGGGAGAGUCCAAGCGAGACGCCCACUGAUUAUAGACUCAACCAUGUGGAACAAGGUUACUUCCAGGGGUUCUCAUAUGUUUCAUCAUGGCUCCCACAGUCUUAGCCUUCAUCAAUGCAGAAAAAAAGAUAGAAAGCAAAAGCAUAUCCUAAGAAAAGUUAGUAGAGUGUUUUAUUAUUACAAAUUAUAUUAUAUGGUUAUUCA